CGCAGUGAUCAGUCUGCCUUAUUUCUCAGUCCGUUUUGGUCCGUUUUGUUGUCGUAUGAGUAAACGUUUAACCAUUGAGUUGUUUUUAAAACAGACUUUUAGUGUAACUCCCUUAGUUCCACAAUCACUCACCCUGAUCCGUGAAUCGAGGUGGAAAUAUGCUGUGGAAUUUACGAAACCACCUCGCAGAGAUCCGCGACGAGUAAAAACUGCAUCAUUCAUCGUGCGAUUACGCUUCAAAUUGAGAUAAUAUCUCUCUGUUAAAUGGUGAUUGUCGAUGCCAUGGAAAGAAGGAUAAAACUGAAAACUCUGAACAGUCACAUAACGUGCAAGAUAUGUCGCGGAUAUUUAAUUGACGCCACUACUGUUACCGAAUGUUUACAUACAUUCUGCAAGAGUUGUUUGGUAAAGCAUCUAGAGGAAAAGCAUACCUGUCCGACAUGUCAGAUUGUCAUACAUCAGUCUCAUCCACUCCAGUACAUCAGCUUCGACAGAACUAUGCAGGAUAUUGUUUACAAAUUAGUUCCUGAUCUCCAAGAAAACGAAAUCAAAAGAGAAAGAGAAUUUUACAGAGCCAGAGGUUUGCCUUGUCCUAAAGAUAUUUUGCCCAACGCUGGUGAAGUUGAAGAGGAAAAAGCCAAUGCAGAUGCACAUGCAGAAUCAGAUUAUCAUCGUACUGAUGAACAGGUUAACGUAUGUUUGGAGUGCACAAACUCAAGUUUGAAAACUCUGAAAAGACGAUUUAUCAGGUGUUCAGCUCAGGCUACGAUAACGCAUAUGAAAAAAUUUAUUGCUAAAAAGGCUUUGAAUGGCAUGGAAAAAUAUAGAGAUAUCGAUAUUUUGUGCAAUAAUGAAUUAUUAGGUAAAGACCACACAUUGAAGUUCGUUUAUGUGACGAGAUGGAGGUUCCGGGACCCACCCUUGAGGUUACAAUAUAGAUCACACAUAGAUAUGCAAGAUUAACCUUUUGUACAUUCGAGAUGUACAAAAAUCACAAAGGAUCCGUUCCUUUUUAUUUGUACAUUUUUCUAGUUACAUUCUCAUUUUAACUGUUGUAGUACUUAUUUCUAUGUUUAUUCGCAAAGCAUUUGUGUGAAAUUUUAGAAAAUGAUGAUGAUUCUGCGAAACAAGGUGAUAUACCGACUUCGAAACGUGUUAUUCGAUAUUUAAUAAUAGCAGAAUCUCAUUAUUAUCGCAUAUUAGUAAAAACGAGAUCCUACUGUUGAAUCAAAGAGCAUUCUUGUCAUGUAUCAUGUUGUCAUGUUGAAUUAUAAAAUAUCUCUUUAUAGUUGAAUUAUAAGAUAUCUCUUUAUAGUUGAAAAUCUAUUUACAAUUCAAGAUUUUCUCAUUAGCGCACUACGUCUGAUAAUGUUUAAAUGUGGUUCGUAUGGGAAAUCAUCGCGACAUCUUAAAGAAAGAGAGAAUCUGUAUUUUCAAUUUGCAGUGUGUAAUAUAUACGGGCUUUUUAUAGAUAUUCAAGUGCCACUGCAUUGUAUACAGAUUCGAUGCCUACGCAUUAAGUUUCGGCGGACCAUCUUUUCUCCUAAUACGCAGAAUCUUAGUGGACGAGUGAGACUUUCUAUAUUUUACGACGUGAGAUAAAGCCACGGGGAUUUUCAUUUUAUGAAAUCGUAUAUUCUUUUUAUAAGCACACCCCCCCCCCCCAUCUUUGUACAUAGAAUAUUUUUGACAGAACACAAACAGCAUUAUAUGUAGAGAGACGCAAGCUUUGUAUUAGGUAAACAAAAAAAUCGGGUCUGAAUAGUUAGGUAUUUUUAACUUUGUAUAUUUAUGCGCCGCGGCCGUACAUAUUUUAAUUGCGUCUCAAAUUUCUCUCGACAUCGGCUCGCGAUUGGAAAAGAGGAAGCAAGAAAGAAAAAGUGAGAGAGAGAGAGAGAGAGAGAGAAAGAGAGAGAGAGAAUUAAUCGAUAGCGAAAUAUUUUUAGGUGAUUCGCCAUCGAAUAAUGUGCCGUGUCGAACAAAAUGCAUGGUGCUCGUCGCUUGUAGUAAAUAGAGUUCCUCAAGUAAAAGUUAAUACUGAAUGAUGACUUUUGAUUGUUCUGUAAUAAGAAGAAAGCGAUAUAAAUAAAACAGAAUAGUACGUAUACGAUGGACACGUUGCUGAUCUUCUAGAAAAUCAAGUAUACUGUUUUUUUUUACACGAUUUUGCUCGCUCAUUAAGAAUGAAUUAGGACGCAUCCUAUGUCAUGUGGUUGAAGUAUCCUAUUUGAUCAUAUGUCAUUUGCUGA